AUGGAGAGUGCAACAAGUGCGCCCGUGGUGCCCGUGUCGUGGCCAUCAACGAAGAGACCUGUGCCAUCAUUGAGGCUACGUACGCCGCUGCAUACGGCGAGGAGGAGGCCGCCAGCUUCGCUGGUAGCACGUGCCAGCUGUGCAGCUCUCUGGGUCUGUGCGCCGCCCCGCUUCCCGGCGUUGUGGAGUCCAGCGGCCGCAACUACUCUGUGA